CAUACUUACCAUAAGGUGCCUUUCCAUUGUUAUGGCUAUUUAACAACAGAUUACAUGUGUGUGUGAGAGAGAGAGAGAUUGGCUUCCAUGGACCCAAAGUCAAUAAGGCUAGGGGGCUCUCUUGAGGUGCCUUCUGUUCAAGAGCUGGCUAGGGAACAGUUAGGCACCGUUCCGCCGCGAUAUGUACGUCCCGUUCAAGAUCAUCCGAUCAUAUCUGAUAACUCCUCCUUACCUCAGGUCCCCAUCAUCGACUUGCAGAGCUUGCUUUCUGGAGAUUCCAAAGAUUUAGAGCUUGAAAAGCUACACCAUGCAUGCAAGGAAUGGGGUUUCUUUCAGCUGAUAAAUCAUGAAGUGAGCUCUUCAUUGGUGGACAAAUUGAAGAUUGAGAUUCAGGAGUUUUUCAAACUUCCAGUAGAGGAGAAGAAGAAGUUUGGGCAAGAACCAGGAGACAUAGAGGGAUUUGGACAGGCCUUUGUUGUAUCUGAGGAACAAAAGCUUGAUUGGGCAGAUAUGUUCUACAUUGUCACCCUUCCAACCUACUUAAGGAAACCCCACUUAUUACCCAAGUUCCCUGCUCCUUUCAGAGAUACCAUGGAAGCCUACUCAAUAGAAGUAAAAAACCUUGCCAUGAAUAUCCUUACCUUUAUAGCAAAAGCUUUAAAAAUGGAGGUUGGUGAUACGAGGGUGCUAUUUGAUGAAGGGAAGCAGGGAAUGAGGAUCAAUUACUAUCCUCCAUGUCCUCAACCGGAGUCGGUCAUUGGCCUGACCCCGCACUCGGAUUCCGGCGGCCUCACCAUUCUCCUCCAAGUUAGUGAAAUCGAAGGCCUCCAAAUAAAAAAGGAUGGAAUUUGGAUUCCGGUUGUUCCACUCCCUAAUGCAUUUACAGUCAACAUUGGAGACAUCUUGGAGAUUGUGACAAAUGGAAUUUACCGCAGUAUUGAGCAUCGAGCAGUAGUGAAUUCAAAGAAAGAGAGGCUUUCCAUCGCCGCUUUUCUUAGCCCAAAAUUAGAUGGAGAUCUAGGACCAGCUCCAAGCCUUAUCAAUGAACAAACUCCAGCAUUAUUCAAAAGGAUUGGUGUUGCAGAUUUCUUCAGGGGAUAUUAUUCUCGCAAGCUUGAGGGAAAAUCAUACUUGGAUAUCAUGAGGAUUGAAAAAGAUGGGCAAAAAUAUUAAGUACCAUUCAACUAUCGGAAUCGGCAUUGGAGCUCGACACAUAUACCUCCGAUAACUCAAUCAAGUCUUAUCUCGACUAUUUAGUUCGGUUACAUUAUAUAUGUCCCUCCUUUCAAUAUAUAAUCGGCAAUAAUGUUUGCAUAAAAUGUUGGAUUAAAUGUUGUACUAUAGUACUACUGGACAUCUUUUAUCAGAAUAUUGGAAUGCAUGUUGUAAUUUCGGAUUAAAAUAUAGUCAUGUUGUGUUAUUUUGGAUUAAUAUCGAGGAUUAGUUAAUCUUUAAACAGUAACAUAUUAGCAG